AUGAACGGUGAGGACUUACCUCGAGAUCAUGGCUAUCCACUAAGAUGUGUUGCGCCCGGCAUUGUUGGUGCAAGGCAAGUGAAAUGGAUAAAGAGCAUACGACUUAGCGACAAGGAAAGUCCCAGCCAUUGGCAGCAGAAAGAUUAUAGAGUUUUCCCCACUAGUGUAGGUCUUCACGACAAACUCGAUUGGAACUCUGUGCAUUCGAUACAGGAGUAUCCUGUUCAAUCAGCCUUCUGCAUUCCAGCGCCUGGUACAAAGGUGAAGAGAGGUGAGGAGACAUUUGAAGUAGCUGGAUAUGCUUGGAGUGGCGGUGGUCGUGGUAUUAUUCGAGUUGAAGUGAGCGCGGAUGGAGGCAAAACAUGGCAGUGCGCUGAGUUGGAGCAAGACGAGAAGCAAGACCUUGACCAUAUGUGGGCUUGGACAUUAUUCCGUGCAAACAUCAAGAUCCCAGAGAAAGUUAAUAAGAUGGAAUUGGUGGUGAAAGCAACUGAUCGGUAUUUCGACAAACGUUUCUAA